AUGCUCGUGAAAACCAUCGCCAUUUCCUUGGCUCUUGCUCAAUCUGCCAACACCUUUGUCGCUGGUGUUGAGUACUGGAAGAACUUCAAGACUCAAGUCGACCCUACCAACAUCACGAUACCCAAGAUUGAUCAAACCACUUCGCUCGAUCCUACUGCUCAAUGCCAAUACUACACUCCUCAAAAUUUCGAAUUUGAUCAAUCCCAAUGGCCCAAUGCUUGGGAAAUUGCUACCAGCAAUGGCAUGAACGAGACCGAAGAAUUCAAGAACCUUUACAACUCCAUUGAUUGGGACAAGGCUCCAAAGAACAUCUCCGUUCGCGUUAUGCUUGAGGAUGGCUCCGUUGACAUGAGUGAUUAUGAUGAAUCCGAGGAUCCUGAUUGUUGGUGGUCGGCCACUACUUGUACUGUGCCCAAGCACAAGGAUGUCAACGCUGAUAUUUACGCUUGCCCUGAACCUGAAACUUGGGGUCUUACCUAUGACGAUGGUCCUAACUGCUCGCAUAAUGCUUUCUACGACUUCCUCGAGCAAAACAAGCUCAAAGCUACCAUGUUCUACAUUGGUUCCAACGUUGUCGAUUGGCCCUAUGGUGCCAUGCGUGGUAUCAAGGAUGGCCAUCACAUUGCCGAUCACACAUGGUCUCACCAAAUGAUGACCACUUUGUCUAACGAAGAAGUCCUUGCCGAGCUCUACUACACCCAAAAGGCUAUCAAGAUGGCCACAGGUGUGACACCCAAGCAUUGGCGUCCUGCUUAUGGUGAUGUUGAUGAUCGUGUCCGUUGGAUUGCCACCCAAUUGAACUUGACCACUGUGCUCUGGAACCUUGACACCGAUGACUGGGCAGCUGGUGAAUCCGUUCCCAAGUCCACCGUUGAGAAGACCUACCAAGACUUUGUUGAGAUGGGUAGCAAUGGCACCUUCGCCACCAGUGGCAACAUCGUUUUGACUCAUGAAAUCGACAACACCACCAUGCAACUCGCUUUGGAUUACCUUCCCAAGAUCCAAAAGACCUACGAUCACGUGCUUGACGUUGCCACCUGUAUGAACAUCACCCACCCUUACAUUGAAGAAACCAUUUCCUUCCCUUCCUUCAGCAAGGCCGUUUCCAGCAAUAGCACCGCCUCUGCAUCUGCCUCUUCUUCUAGCGCUGCCAAGAGCUCUGGUUCCGUUGCCUCUGGUACUACCAAGCAAGGUGCCGCUGAUCCUUCCAGCUCUUCCAUGAGUGAAGAGGCUUCUGGUGAAUCAGGUGCUUCAUCCAUUGUUGCUGCCGUUCCUAUCACUGCAUUGAUUGCAGCUGUUUCUGCCUUGUUCUUCUAA